AUGGUGAGCUCGACGUACAGCAAUGCGUCUGAUAAAGGCUGGAUAGUUCAAAAGUUUGGGGGUACGAGCGUCGGCAAGUUUCCUGACAAGAUUGCCCGUGAUAUUGUCAAGGCGAGCUUGUUGAAGCAUCGUGUCGUUGUUGUGUGCUCUGCGAGAAGUACGGGGAAGAAGGCUGAGGGCACUACCAGCCGGUUACUUGCCGUGUAUAACAAGUUGAAGGAUGUCGGGCUGGCAUACGCUACUUGUUCACAAGAGGAGCAGGUCGCCCUCAUUGAACAGGCCAAGGGACUCAUUAUGGAUAUUUGCAAUGAUCACGUCUUUGCAGCAGAGGCUUAUAUUCAAGAUCCGGGUCUGAGAGAUACUCUUGCUCGCAGGAUCGAGGCUGAGUGUCAGGAACUCAUCGAAUACAUUGUCGCCGCCAAACGAUUCAACCUUGAGAUCAACUCAAGAGCCAAGGACCGUGUCAUCAGCUUCGGCGAGAAGCUUGCCUGUCUGUACAUGACAGUUCUCUUGCAGGAUGUUGGAGUUGAUGCAGAGUAUGUUGACUUGUGCGACGUGCUACAUUACGAUGCUACGGCACCUCUGGAUACCAGCUUUUACAAGGCUGCCACGGCCGCAUUCGUGAGGAAACUUGAGACGUGCGGCACUCGGGUCCCUGUUGUGACGGGCUUUUUCGGCAACGUGCCUGGCAGUCUCAUUGAUGGCGACAUCGGACGCGGGUACACGGAUUUGUGCGCUGGACUAUGUUCGGUUGGGCUCAAGGCGGAAGAGCUUCAGAUUUGGAAAGAAGUCGAUGGCAUCUUCACAGCAGAUCCGUCCAAGGUUCCCACCGCACGGCUCCUGUCGUCGAUUACGCCCUCGGAAGCAGCUGAACUGACGUUUUACGGAUCGGAAGUCAUUCACCACCUUACUAUGGACCAGGUCAUCCGCGCUCAGCCCCCUAUUCCGAUUCGCAUCAAGAAUGUCAAGAACCCACGUGGAAAUGGCACCAUUGUCGUUCCCAAUCCUGUUCUUUCCGCAAGCCACCAACUUCUUCGCAGCUCCCCCUCAGAGAUACAAUCUGCCAAGACUCCCAAGAGACCCACGGCCGUUACCAUCAAGGAUCACAUCAGCGUCAUAAACGUUCACUCUAACAAGCGAUCCAUCUCACACGGGUUUUUCGCUCGGGUAUUUUCGAUCCUCGACAAGUACGCAAUCUCGGUUGACCUCAUCUCCACAUCCGAGGUCCAUGUUUCGCUGGCAAUUCACUCUGGCAGCACGCGUGUAGAAAACUUUGCCAAUGCGAAGCAAAGCUUGGCCGAGUGCGGCGAGGUCAGCGUCCUGUCCAACAUGGCAAUCCUCAGUCUUGUUGGUGCCGAUAUGAAGAACAUGAUUGGUGUGGCAGGGAAAAUGUUCUCCACGCUUGGUGAACAUAAUGUCAACUUGGAAAUGAUUUCUCAAGGUGCUAGCGAAAUCAACAUUUCAUGUGUCAUUGAGGCACGGGACGCCACACGGGCUAUGAAUGUCUUACACACGCAUUUAUUUACGUUUCUCGAGUAG